GGUUGCCUUCCGACCUCUCGCCAUGGCCAUCAGCCAUGGGUUGGCUGGCAUGGGCGGUGCGGCCGCUGGUGCAGUGGCAGUUGGGGGCUAUGUUUACUUGAAAGGCAUUGCUGAAAGUUACAGCGAUGCCAAGAGUCAGAAACGAUGCAAGGCGAUCGAAGAGUCCUUGAACCGAAGCCUAGGUCGCAGAAACCUGCCUUUGCCCAGCGUCGCAGGAGGUGGUAUCGUGGCGGUAUCUCUGGAGCCACUGCAAUGCCCUACACCUGUGGUGCAGGUGCAAUCAGCCUUUGAUGCGAUCUUGGACUAUCAAAGGAGACGGGGUAAGGAUGAAUCCAAUCCGAAAACCUUGGUCUGCGAGUUGUUGAAGACCUGGUUGCGGGAGCACGCCAUGGACCGAGAUUUGGCCGCGAAGGAAGUGCAGGCUUACCGGGACUUUUGCAGCGAAUUGGUCUACACAAAGGAUGUUUGGAGAGGUGGAUUCUUGUCAACGUGUCAGUUCACUAGUAUGUUGGCCAAUGUCCAGGUUGAACUGGACAAGUUGCUGGCUGUGCGCCUGCGCGAUGCCGGAGAUGUGCGGAAGCUCUUCGACGCCUUGAAGGUGGACGCUUAUUAUUACCUCCUUCGGGCCACUCAAGUGCUCCUACUCUCUGCCACCACCUUCACAGUUCCAGAUGCGAUGUAUUCCAUGAGCAUGGAGACCUUGAAACACAGCGCUAUGACACCGGCACUUUUGAAGGAUGCCGCCGAUCGGGAUAUGGCUAAGGAAUUGAACAAGGCCUGGCAAAGUGACGCCUGCCGUUUGUUGCGUGCCUUCCUGGAGCAGCCGCAUGUCAGUGCUGUGGUGGUCGAACAGGAGGGUCAGAAGGCGGCGCACAAAGUCCUACCCCACAGCACCCGCGUGGUGGAACUGCUCCGCGCUCAUCAUCUGCCGGAUCGCCCCGCUGGGAUGGAUACAGUGGAUCCCUAUGUCAAGCUACGGAUCGCUUGUGACGACGAGACCUGGUGGGAGGCCAAGAGUUGCACCAAGGAGAACUCUGCGGAUCCUGAGUGGAACGAAAUCUUCUUCGUGGACUUGCCAAUGGAAAGAGGCUGUGAACUCCACCUGGAAGUCGUGGAUGACAAUGGGGGCGCUUUGCUGGACACCAGCUUCGCAAAGUCGGAGGUGUUGAGCAAGGAGCAGCUACUGAAAGACCAGGACCUACAGGUGUCCCUGCAGUCCAAGGGUACCUUCUGUCGUGACGUCUCUGGCAGCUCCUUGCAGCUGCGUUUCAGAGCAUUGAACUUCGAGGAGGAGCUUGGCGCGGUGCGGCAGCGUGAGGCGCCGGUCACGGGCAGCAAGACCUCCCGCAGCAGUCGCAGGUCCUCAGCGGGGCCGGCCAUGGGAUUGAAAUUCACCGACCUUGGCCCCAAGCUUUCUGAUGCAGUGGAGGCGCUGGACCACGCGGCCUACUUCUUGGACCUGGCGCGACAGGCCUCGGAGCUGACGAAGCUCAUGGGCGAUAUGGGCGCGGUGCUGCUGGAGCAGCAGAUGCAGCAGUUGUUGCAGGAUCUCAGUGAGAAGGUGCAAAGUUUUCAGCUGAAGGCUACCCAACUGGAAGAUGCGGUGGCAGAUCAUACCAUGAGCGAAGAGCGGCGUCGGAAGAGUCUCAACGUGGCUGAUGCGGCCCGGCGCCUCUUCGGGUCCAGCAGCACCACGGACUCGCGCGCGCGGCAGAGCUCAGACCACUUGCUGCGUGGUGUGGGGCAUGGGGGGGAAGUGUUGGAAAACUAUGGAAAGAAUGGGGAAGAUCACCAUAACGGUCGCUGCAUCGCUUGUGCCCCCCAAAUUUUCUCGCUUGUGCCCCCGUUUUGUUCUCGCUUGUGCCCCUCGUAG